GAAAACGUCAGUCUACAAAGUAAAUUGCUUGUGGCUCUUAAAUUCGCCAUGGCAGACAAAUCAAAGCCAGUGGAUAAUCCGCAAACGUCAACCAAAGUAGAUAAGACACUAUUCCCAGCAGCCAAACCGGGUAGACAGCCCGAUUAUGGCACAAAUAACACAUUGGAGCUCUUGGAUCCAAUACCCAGUCAGAUAGUCGAUCUCAAAUUGGAUGAGGUUCUGACUGCCGUCAAAACCGUGGACAAUCUGUGCGACUUUGCACGCUGCAAAACCAAAACCAGUCUAAUGGGUCAAGACUGCGAGCACUGCAAGAAGCGAUUCUGCUUCAAGCACGGUCUGCCAGAGGUCCAUGGAUGCGGUGAGGAAAAAAAGCGAGAGGCGCGCAAAGAGUUUCUGAACCCAAAGCCCUUAAAGACUGUGCGGCACGAGGAGGAGCUAAAGAAUGCAAAAAAGAAAUUGAAUGAAAAGCUGAAGAAUAUGCAAGUGGGUCGCAUGCAGAAGACGGGCGGCGGUGCUGGUGGAAAUAAGAAAAAAUAGACGAUAUGAAACAAAUAAUAUUUGAAAAUUGUUAGAUGAAUUCAUUGACUGUGCAUACGUUUUUAAGUUGUAAAAUUAAAUAGAUGCUCAUGCAUAUUUAGCCUAAGUUAUAUAAAUUACAAAUGCCCAGAAG